GUUGGUCAUAAGGUCACGAGUACCCGCUGAGCCUGCAGCUGUGGUUGCAGCAUGGCUUCGGAGAGGGAUGUGCGCGCACGGCUGCAGCGCGCGGGCCAGGAUCACCUCCUGCGCUUCUGGGCCGACCUGGCACCGGAGCCUCGGGCCGCGCUGUUGGCGGAGCGCUCUUUGGAGCCCGACGCGCUGCGCGAGCACUGCCAGCGCGCCUCGGCCGCCUGCGCGCGAGCCCCGGGACCUCUGCCGAACCUGGCGGCGCGCCUGCAGCCCCUGCCCCCAGAACGCGUGGGCAGCGCGGUCCGCUGCGACCGAGAGACACGCCAGCGGUGGGAAGAGGAAGGAUUCCGACAGAUUGCUCUGAACAAAGUAGCUGUCCUGCUGCUGGCCGGUGGGCAGGGCACUCGCCUGGGCGUCACCUACCCCAAGGGCAUGUAUCAAGUAGGGCUGCCCAGCCAGAAGACACUGUACCAACUGCAAGCAGAGCGGAUCCAGCGCGUUCAACAGUUGGCUGGCCAGCGACUGGGGACCCACUGCACCGUGCCCUGGUACAUCAUGACCAGUGAGUUCACUCUGGGACCCACCAUCAAGUUCUUCAAGGAACAUGACUUCUUUCACCUGGACCCUGCUAACGUGGUGCUGUUCGAGCAACGCAUGCUACCUGCUGUGACCUUUGAGGGCAAGGCCAUACUGGAACGGAAAGAUAAAGUUGCCAUGGCCCCAGAUGGCAACGGGGGCUUGUAUUGUGCUCUGGCUGACCACCAGAUCCUACAGGACAUGAGGCAGCGAGGUGUGGAGUUUGUGCACGUGUACUGUGUGGACAACAUACUGGUGCGGUUGGCCGACCCAGUCUUUAUCGGCUUCUGCGUGCUUCAGGGAGCGGACUGUGGCGCUAAGGUGGUGGAGAAAUCGUACCCUGAGGAGCCAGUGGGUGUGGUGUGCCAGGUGGACGGUGUCCCCCAGGUGGUGGAAUACAGCGAGAUCAGCCCUGAGAUCGCUGGGUUACGUGGGGCUGAUGGGGCCUUGCUCUACAACACGGGCAACAUCUGCAACCAUUUCUUCACCAGAGGCUUCCUGGAUAUGGUCAUCAGGGAGUUUGAGCCCUUGCUGAAGCUGCAUGUGGCUGUGAAGAGCGUCCCCUACGUGGAUGAGGAGGGCAAUCUGGUAAAGCCGCCAAGACCGAAUGGGAUAAAGAUGGAGAAGUUUGUGUUUGAUGUGUUCCCGUUCGCUAAGAACUUUGUUGCCUUUGAAGUGUGUCGCGAGGAGGAGUUCUCCCCACUGAAGAACGCUGACACAGCCAGCAGCGACAACCCCACCACCUCCAGAAGAGCCUUGUUGGCUCAGCACUACCGCUGGGCUCUGCAGGCUGGGGCCCACUUCCUGGAUGUCCACGGGGUCCAGCUUGCUGAGCAGUCCAGCUUGCUCCCAAAUGAAGAUCCUCCAGCCAUCUGUGAAAUAUCGCCCUUGGUGUCUUACUCUGGAGAGGGGUUGGAAAUGUACCUGCAAGGCCGAAAGCUCCCGUCUCCAUUCAUUCUGGAUGAGGAGCAGGCCAGGCUGCUUCUGCAGCCACUGGAGUGCUGACCUGCUUGCUCACAGCCUGCCAGCCCUGGGCUGAGUAGAAAUGCCAGCCUGCAGGACACCGGAGGGAGUGGGCUAGUUUACUUCACAAGGCUGGGACAUCUUGGGUCCCUCGCGGACUCUGGUUGUCUGUGGUUUUUGCUUGUUUUGUUUUGACCUUGAUGCUGCCUCUGGACAACUCAGCCGAGAGGCAGAGGGUUGGGCGCCUCGGAAAUGGAGCUAGAGGAGGUUUCA